AUGAAAAAAAUAUUUUUUUGUUUACUACUUAUUAUAAAUUCAAUAACUUUUUACUGUAAUAGUAAUGUUAAAAUAAAAAAUAAUGGAAAUAUAGAAAAGGAAAUUAGAAAUAAUGAAGAUACCUUAAAUUUAAACAGUAACGAAAAAAAAAAAAAAAAGAAUGAAAAUUCUUCAUUUAUAGAUAUUGAAGAAUUUACAUUCAAUAGUACAAAUAACAUUAAUAAAAACAAUAUUUCAUCAAAAAUACCAAAUGGAAAUAAAAAUUAUAUAGAGGAAAAGCAUAAUCAAACAACUAAUGGUGAUAAAGAUAAUGAUAUUAAUGAUAUCAAUGAAGAUUAUCUGUAUGAUAUUGAUACAGAAGAUAAUGCUAUUGAUGAAAAGGAUGAUCAAGAUGAAGAUGAUCAAGAUGAAAAUAAUUUUGAAAUACCUGUUAAUUGUGAUGAUGAUAAUUGUUUUAAUUCAUUAGAUGAAUUAAAUAAAAUAAUUGAUGAAAAAAAAAAAAAAUUAAAAUAUAGAAAAAAUAAAGGAAAACCUAUACAAAUAAUAAAACCAAAUGUAAAUCACACAGAAUUAAUAUUAAUUGAAGAAAAUUUACAAAUUUUAAAAAAAAUAGAAAAGCCAAUAGCUAUUGUAUCGGUUUUAGGAGAUAUGCAUACAGGAAAAUCAUUUUUGCUAAAUUUAUUGAAUGAACAUAUAAUUGAUGAUUUUAAUAAAAGUAAAGAAAAUAUUGAAAACGGUUUUAAAGUAGGAAACGAUAUAACUGCAAGUACAUAUGGAAUUUGGAUAUGGUCUGAGCCAAUUAAAAUAAAUGUAAAAAAAUUAAAAAAAAUGUACGAGUAUAUAGAUAAAAAUUUUACUAAUUUUAUUAGAAGUUAUGAAUAUGAAAAAGAUGAAUAUAAUGAAGAAAUUAUUGAUUUAUUAAAUUUAUAUAAAACAGAUGAUUGGAUUAUCAAGAUAAAUGAAUUAAACAUUUCUGAUACAGAAGAAGUAAACCUUGUAUUAAUGGACACUCAAGGAUUAAACAGUCCUAAUGUUAACAAAAGAUAUGAUGAAAUAUUGUAUGCACUAACUAAUUUAAUUUCGACAGAUAUAAUUUUUUUAACAAUGAAAAUGAUAAAUAAUAAAGAUUUAGAAUUCAUUGAAAAUAUAACAAAAGAUGCUAAUUUAUUUAUGUUAAGAGCAUAUACGAGAUCUAACGGUUCUACCUUUUCUAUUAAAAAAAAUAAUUUCGAUAAAAUAUUAGAUAACAUUAACAAUGUAGAAAAUAAUUCUUUAAUAUUAGAAAGUAUUGCUUCAAAAAAUUUGAUGUGGGUAGUUCACGAUUUCAGUCAGCGUUUAGAUGUAAGAAAAGGAAAAUUAUGGCUAGAUAUUUUAUUGAAUUCUGAUAGGAGAGAUUUAGAUAUUAAAUAUUGGAAAAAAAUAAUUUCUAAUAAAAGUAAAGAUAAGCAUGACGCUUAUACAACAAAAAAAAAAAAAAUUGCCUAUUUAACUUAUCCAGAGCAUAGUAAUAAUCUUACUAAUGAUUCAUCUUCUAACUAUAAAUUGAACGUUCUUUAUAAAAAUAUUGAUUGUGUAUUAUUAAGAAGUAUGUAUAAUAACAAGGAAAUUGAUUUUACUAAAGCUAAUAUUAAUGAUUUAAAUGAAGAAUAUAAAAAUGACGUUAUGCUCUUAAGAUAUAAAAUUUACUUAAGAGCUUUACAAUAUCCGAAAAAAAUGUAUUCAAAUGUUCAGAUGAAUUUUAUUGUAAAUAAAAUUAAAAAAGAACAAAUCCCUGAUCAAAAAGAAGGAGAAAAUGAUAAAAAUAAGAAAAAUGAAAUUGAUAUUAAAAAUAUCAAUGAAAAUAAUGAAAGUAACAAUAAAGAUUCAUAUUCAUCUCAAAUGAGUAACAGAUAUAUGUCUGGUCAUGAUGUAUACGAUUUUAUCACCUUUUUAGUUAAGUCCGCGAACCAAAAUUUAUUUACUAAUGUAAAUCAAUUUUUUAAACAGUUUAAAAUUAAUAGAGCAGAAAUAAGUAGAAACGAUUUAAUAUUUUUAUAUAAAAAAUAUUUACUACAAUUCAUGGAAAACGAAGAAGUAGAAUUUAUUAGCUACUUAAAUGAAGAAAAUGAUGAUUUAGAUAAUACAGGGGAUAGAUUUUCUAAAGUAGAUAAGAAGGAUAUUGAAUCAAAUAAUGAAGAUUUUGAUGAUGUAUUAAUUGAAGAAACAAAAAAUAAAGAAAAAACCGAUAUAUAUAGACUACCUCCGUUGCUUAACGAAAUAAAAAAAUACGAGGAAUUAAUUCGAGAACAAAUUUUAAGUAUAUGGUAUAAAUACACAGAAAGUGAUUUUCAUGAUGAUGAAGAGAAAGAAUUAAUUAAAGAUAUCGAAACCAACUUAUAUGAGAGAUUAGAUCAAAUAAAAAAUGAAAUGAUUGACUUAGGUGAAACAAAUAUUCGAAAAUUUUGUAAAUUAGCAUGUGAAGAUGCAUUACAAAUUGUUAUAGAAGACAUUAAAAUGAAAAGUGAUCAAUAUCCUAUUAAGCAAAAAGAUCUAACAAUUUUUUUUGAGUCUGUUAGUUAUAACUUGCUAAAAUUUUUAGAAAAAAAGUUGUCCAAAAAUUCCGAUAAAUUAGAUUUAAUAUAUUAUAAAGAUCCAAUUUGUAAUCCCUUGAUUAAUAAUACGUUUCAAGAAUUUUAUUAUUUAAAAAAAAAAAAUACCACUUUAAAUGAAAAAAAAUUAAAAUCAUUUUUUUCCAAUGCAGUUUCUAAAGGAAAAGAAGUUUUUGAAGCAUUAGCGGAAAACACUGAUAACAUAACCGAAUAUUUUAAAAAUAAAAAUGUAUUUUAUACUAUUUUAGAUAAAUGGAACUUAGAAGCUGUUAAUGUAUAUACGGCAACUUUAAGUGAUUUUUUUAAGGAUGAAAAAGAAUUAAGUGAAGAAUAUUUAAAUGUUUUAGAUAGUGACAUAAAAAAUCUGAAAAGAAAAGCAAUGGAUAAAUGGCAUAAUCAUUGCAAAGAAAAAACAAAUGCUUUAUAUAAUAUGCAUAAAAGUAAUUUAAAAAAAAAUUUUCUUGAAAAUUUUAAUUUUCCUUUAGAUGAAUUAGUAUUACAAGACAUAUAUUUAAGUUUAAAAAGUCAAGAAGAAUUAAAAUAUAUGGAUAUAUAUUGCUCUAAUGAAGAAUCCUGGAAUAGCGAAUAUAAAAAAUUUUUAACAUUAAGUGAUGAAGUAUAUAAAUUCAUAAAAGAUGAAAAUUUAAAAGCAAUUCAAAUAACAUGCCAGCAACCAUUAGAUGAAUUAAAAAAUGGAAUAAAAGGAGAAAUAAAAAAUUAUUAUUUUUGGAGAUCACUAAAAAAAACAUUAUAUAAUAGAGCACUUAUCGUUCUUUCUAAUAAUAUUGAAAAUAUCUAUUUAAAAAAUAAGAGAGAAAAUAAGAUUCAAUCUUCAAUAGAUGACAAAUAUAAUACAAAGAGCAAUCAUUAUAAAAAAAUAUCAAAAGAAUUAAUGAGUAAAGUUAUAAAUAGAUGGUUGAAUAAUGAUAUUUAUAAGGUAUAUUAUCCUAUUAUAAGAAAGCAGUUAAUUCAUAAAAUUAUAUGUUAUAUGGGUAUUCUUAUUUUAUUAUUUAUAACAUCAUUAGUUAUAUAUUUCAAAAAAUUUCAUGUUAGUUUUAUUAUAUUAAUUGUUAUUUCUUUGUUUAUGGUUUUUGGAUACGCACAAAUAUCAUUAUUCAUUAAAAAAUUUUUCAGGCGUAUUGUAUUUUAUAUGUAUGAAGGAAUAACAAAUGUAUUUGGAACAGAAGGAGCUAUUGUUUUCUCUAUUUUAUCAAUCUCUGUAACAGCUAUAUAUUUAUACAAUUAUCAUAUUGUAAAAUUUAAAAAUAAAGUUGCAAAAAAUACUAAAAAAUUAUUGCAAUCACAAAAUUUGAUGAACAUGUCAGGCAUUAACAAUUUAAAAGAUUUUCAUUCUACUUCUUCGAAAACAAGAAUAUUCAAACCAAAUUUAAUAAAAUUUUCUGAUUUUGAAAAAGAUACAAAAUUUCACUCAUCUAAUAUACCUCUUGAUUAUAAAUUACAUAAUGAAGCAUCUCAAUACAUUGAUCAUAAAAAUAGGUCAAAUCGUUUAAAUAAAAUGGAUGAAUAUUCAUCCUUCAACAACCCGAAUAAAUUUCAAAGAAGAUCCUUUUUAGAUUAG